AUGGGCCAGGGUGCUUCAACACCCCAAAAUGAUGGCAGGGAGAUUCAAAAUCAUGGGGCAUCCAGAUCAAGUCAACAAGAUGAAGCUACAGGAAGUAGAGGGACUCAGGCUCAAAGCACGCCCGAAACCAGACCAGAUGAGACAACUACGGCCCUUAGGAGGAGUAGGCGGUUACGAAACCACAUCGAUCAUUUUGCACGGAUAGGGAGUCGCUUGUUACCAAAUUCAUCUACAUCAUCAACGUCGUCUUCAGUGAGUAGUCGAAUGCAUAAUAUUCGUAAUCGUAGAUCACGGCUUCCAUCACCUUCAUCUACCCCUGGAGGAGGAUCUUCGCCUAACCGGACUUCUUUAUCAUCACGUCAGCGAAUUCGUGGCUAUACAUCUCGGCCCCAGUCGAGUUUUGAUCCAGAGAUCAGGAAUUCCACUGGUGAUGUUGAUAUGGUGGAUAUAUCAGCAGUGCCAUCGGGCGAUACCCGAACCCCAACACCACCCACACCUAGUUUCGAGGCGCCUGCGACUGAAUCCAGAAGAUCUAGGAUGGCAAGAGUCAGGUCAUCAAUACCGUCUUGGCCAGAUCUCAUUGGUAGCAGAAGGCCAGGACAUUCAAAUUUUAACAGGAAUAGCGCGCUCUUGUCAUACAACAAUAACAUUAGUAGUAGUGCCGAUAUGGAUACUGACAUGCCUCACGCUGAAGUAACGCCUUCUUCACAAUCUUCAGAUUCUUCGCCUUCUCGAUUAGAAAGGACUGCGGGUGGGUCUGGGAAUUUGAUGGAGGAAUAUGAUAAUCCGGCUCGUGUGAGGCCGGGGGAGGACCAGGCUGCUAUGUUGUCAAGGCUCUUGUCGGUUGCUGCGGCUGCUACAGCUGCUUCUUUGGUUGGAAAUACAGAACAGGCUAUCACAGAAGCUCAGGAUGUAGCAGGAGAUAAUGGUGGUGAUGGAAGCUUUGAGUCUUUUCUACGAGCAUUACAGAAUGGACGCCUAGCAGCAGCUCUUAGAAAUGGAGGAAAUGAACUGGGUGGGGGUGCUCCUCCGGAUGCCAACCAAGCAGAUAAUACACUUAUGGCACCAUUGAACUUCUUCCGGAUGUUUCGCUUUGGAAGUACAAACAAUAACGAAGGGAAUGGAAGUGGGGAAUCUGGAGAAGGCUCCCGCUCUCGUAUGGUUCCAGUAAUCAUUGUUGGUAUCCGCUCCGUUACUCCUAGGGACUCAACGGAUGGAGGGGCCGAUAGGCCGGCACCCUUUUUCGACGCCUUGGCGAAUCUUCCUGUCAAUCUCCCAAGUAUUAGGCGACCAAGGCUCAGUAAUAACCAUAGGCGGGCCUCUAUGGGCGGAACCCCCGCCAGCCCCUCAGGAUAUGAUAGCCAAAGGCAUUCGCGUGCUACAUCUUCCAACUCUCUAAGACCUGUAUCGGAUAUUAGCCCUGCAUCUAUACCAAUUCUUUCAGAUACCUCACCUGGACCGCAUCCACCACCAUCAACACCUGCCGACCCAAGCUUACUAUCUUUCCCCAACCCGUCUUUCAGCAACGGUCAGACCUCAGCAGAAAGAUCGGAGGGAUCCGAUGAAAACAUGAGUAGUGGUGCUAGGGAUCCACCUAGUCGACGCCGUCUAUCAAGGCGAUUAAGUAGCUCAGAUAGCAUACCGCCAUUCAGCGCGUUAGGAGGCAGGUCUGCUGGAUCAAGUAAUAACAACUCUGCCGGUAGUUCUAGUAGCGCAGCCGGUAGCGGAUCUGGCCCUAGGCGUCCGCUAGGUAAUGCGGAAGGUACUAGAAGUUGGAUCAUCUAUGUUCUUGGCGGCUCGUAUCCAGAGGAUCAUCCUAUUUUGACCACGCCGAGUUUGUUCACAGAUGCUCCAACAUACGAAGAUAUGAUGCUGCUAUCUUCCCUCCUUGGGCCAGCAAAGCCCCCAGUUGCCACUCGAGAUGAUGUGAAUUCGGCCGGGGGAAUAUUCGUCUUCGGUGAAGAGACCACAUUGAACGUUAGUAUUGCGGAAGGGGACAGAUGCUUGAUCUGUUUGGGUGAUUAUGAAAAAAGCGAGGAGUGUAGGCUGCUUUCAAAAUGCCAGCAUGUUUUUCAUAGGGAGUGCAUCGAUGAGUGGUUAACCACUGGUCGUAACUCAUGCCCGCUCUGCCGAAGUCAGGGAGUCAAUGAGAAGGAACAGCCCCCAACUACUUCCACAGACGCCCCUCCGGCAAAUUCCGUUGAUGGAACAGCAGCUUCAUAG